AUGCUCUUCGCAACACUUUCAGCACUCGUCCUCGCGGCGACAGCAUCAGCUCACAUCGUCAUCUCCUACCCGGGCUGGCGCGGUAAUAACCUUAUUACCAAUGACACAUUCCCCUACGGCAUGCAAUGGAACUACCCAUGCGGCGGCAUGCACGUUACCCAAAACCGGACCUACUGGCCCACGACGGGUGGUGCCCUUGCCUUCCAACCAGGCUGGUUCCAGGGCCACGCCCAGGCAAUGAUGUAUGCCAACAUGGGCUUCGGCAGCGACGGGCCCGACGGCGGUCCCCUCAACAUGUCCUUCCCCAUGGUCCCCGUCUUCCAAAUCCUCGGCCCAAGCAAGAACCCUUACCCGGGCACCGUCUGCCUUCCGCAAGUGCCUCUCCCGGCAAACACCACCGUCAAGGCCGGCGAUCACGCCACGAUCCAAAUUGUUGAGCUUGCUGUGCACGGCGCUGCUCUAUUCUCAUGCGUCGAUAUUGAAUUCGCUGAGCCAGGCGACCCGAAAAUCGGAAAGGUUAACGAGACAAACUGCUUCAACUCCACCGACAUUGGCUUUGGUGACGUCUAUACCAUCACGACGAAAGAGUCUGGCGCGGGGUAUGUGCAAGGAACAUCCGCUGGCGCAAGAAUAACAACGAGCUUCUCCGUCGUUGGUGGGCUCCCGCUUCUGCUCGGUGCGCUCUGGAUCUUGCUGUGA